AUGCAUGGAAAAGGCACGUACACAUGGGCUCCAGAACCAAACGGAAAGUCAAACACAUACACUGGUGCAUGGGUCGAAGCGUGUUCACUCUGGACAACUGAACCCAAGCGAUAUGAUUCACUCGAUGUGAUAAAUGAAUGGCGUGUGGGACAAUGGAAAGACGAUAAGAAACAUGGGACAGGCACGGUCACAUGGCCUCCAGAACCGAACGGAAAGUCAAACACGUACACUGGUGGAUGGGUCGAAGGUAAAAGAACAGGUCACGGUGUUUAUAUCUUCGCUAAUGGUGACCGUUACGAGGGAAUCUGUUCACAAAUCACUAGCGUGUUCACUGCGAAGAACUGA